AUGGUGGUGACGGACAAGUACAUUGUGGGGACUUUUCUUGCUUCUCUUUUUGGAUCUUUUCUUCUCUAUAUUUUACUCUUUAAAACUACCAAAUCCCAAAAGCAAAAGGACCAUGAAGAAGAACGUGAAAUGAGUAGGGGUGGCUACCAGAUUCGAAGCGACCUGACUGGUGGUGAACGCCGGAACGACGAAGGAUACGACCCGGAUGUUAUUAUCGUCGGCGCGGGUGUUGCUGGUGCUGCUCUAGCUUACACUCUGGGCAAGGAUGGACGACGAGUGCAUGUGAUCGAAAGAGAUUUAUCCGAGCCGGACAGAAUUGUUGGCGAAUUACUACAACCAGGUGGAUAUCUCAAAUUGAUCGAGUUGGGCCUCGAAGAUUGUGUUGAGAAUAUUGACUCCCAGAGGGUGGUUGGAUAUGCCCUUUUCAAGGAUGGAAAAUACACUGAACUUUCCUAUCCCUUGGAGAAGUUUCACUCAGAUGUGGCUGGGAGAAGCUUUCAUAAUGGGCGUUUCAUACAGAUGAUGAGAGAGAAAGCAGCGACUCUUCCCAAUGUGAAGCUCGAGCAAGGUACUGUAACAUCUCUACUCGAGGAAAAUGGAACAAUAAAAGGAGUGCAGUACAAAACUAAAGCCAGUCUGGAGCUUAAAGCAUAUGCUCCUCUUACUAUAGUCUGUGAUGGUUGCUUUUCGAAUUUGCGCCGUUCUCUUUGCAGCCCUAAGGUCGAUAUUCCCUCCUGUUUCGUUGGUUUGGUAUUGGAGAACUGUCAACUUCCAUUUCCAAACCAUGGGCAUGUUAUUCUAGCAGAUCCUUCACCAAUCCUGUUUUAUCCAAUCAGUAGCACCGAAAUUCGAUGCUUAGUUGAUGUACCUGGUCGAAAGCUUCCGUCUCUGGCUAAUGGUGAAAUGGCAAAUUAUUUGAAAACAGUUGUAGCUCCCCAGGUUCCACCCGAGUUACAUGAGGCCUUCAUAUCGGCCAUUGAUAAAGGAAAUAUUCGAACAAUGCCAAACAGAAGCAUGCCAGCAGCUCCCCAACCUACUCCCGGAGCCUUGUUAAUGGGUGAUGCCUUCAACAUGCGUCAUCCUUUAACCGGUGGAGGCAUGACAGUGGCACUCUCUGAUAUUGUUGUGCUCCGGAAUCUUCUUAAGCCCCUGCACAACUUGAAGGAUGCAGACGCAUUGUGUAAAUAUCUCGAGUCCUUUUACACUUUGCGCAAGCCAGUGGCCUCUACGAUUAAUACUUUGGCUGGAGCCCUACACAAAGUUUUUUGUGCUUCGUCUGAUCAAGCAAGGUUGGAAAUGCGUCAAGCAUGCUUUGAUUACUUGAGCCUUGGCGGUGUUUGUUCGAGAGGACCUGUGGCUUUGCUUUCGGGUCUAAAUCCUCGCCCACUGAGUUUAGUGUUCCAUUUCUUUGCUGUUGCUAUAUAUGGCAUUGGUCGUUUAUUGAUACCAUUUCCUUCUCCCCAACGGCUGUGGAUUGGAGCUAGAUUGAUUUUGGGUGCGUCGGGUAUCAUUUUUCCCAUCAUAAAGGCAGAAGGAGUUCGACAAAUGUUCUUUCCUGCUAGUGUUCCAUCAUACUAUAGAGCUCCUCCGCUCAAAUGA